AUGGCGUCCCGAAAACCGGCCGACGUGGCGUCGAAGGAGCCCAACGAGUACAUCCCGUCGUUCAUUUCGAAAAAGCCUUUCUACAUCGACGACGACGACAACACCGAUUAUCUCGAGCAUCAGCGUCUCCAAAAAUCCGCCCUAGAUCAGUCAAAAUGGUACGACCGAGGAAAACGCGCCGGUCCCGCUGCGACAAAGUACCGCAAAGGUGCCUGUGAAAAUUGCGGCGCGAUGACGCAUAAAACGAAAGAAUGCCUCAGUAAGCCGCGCAAGAAAGGCGCGCGCUGGACUGGCAAGAAUAUUCAAGCGGAUGAGAUCGUACAAGACGUCAAUCUUGGGUGGGACGCCAAAAGGGAUCGCUGGAAUGGAUACGACGCAAGCGACCACCGUUAUGUUAUCGAACAGCACGAGGAGAUCGAACGGCUGAAACAAGCAGCGAGGGAAACUGAGCGUAAGAAGCUCGGGGAUGGAGAAGAAGGAGAUUUUGAAGAUCUUCGCUAUGCUGAAGAAUCCGACAUGGGCCGCGGGCAAAGCACCUCUACGCGUAACCUGCGUAUCCGCGAGGAUACAGCUAAAUACCUGCUCAACUUAGAUCUCGACUCUGCUAAAUACGACCCCAAGACCCGCCGGAUGGUGGACAUGGGUGCGCAAGAGGACCAGGCCUCAGCAUUGGUGGCAGAAGAGAACUUUGUCCGUGCCUCUGGUGACGCCGCUGAGUUUGAAAAGGCCCAGAAGUAUGCCUGGGAGUCACAAGAGAAGGGUACAACUCAGAUUCAUUUACAAGCGAACCCGACAUCUGGCGAAGUUUUGCGCAAGAAGGAGCAAGAGGAAUCCAAGGCGAAACGCGAGUCAUCUCGCAAAGCGCUGCUGGAGAAAUAUGGUGGAAGCGAGCAUCUACAGCCAACGCCAUUACGUGACACUAUGGUACUUGAGAACGAGAGGUUCGUGGAAUAUGACGAAUCUGGUGCCAUAAAGGGCGCGCCUAAGAAGGCUACCAAAUCAAAGUACCCCGAGGAUGUUAUGCCCAACAACCACAAGUCGGUGUUUGGCAGCUGGUGGUACGAGUUUAAAUGGGGCUAUUCUUGCUGUUAUUCUACUGUGAAAAACAGCUACUGCACCGGAGAAGAUGGAAAGAAAGCCUUUGAAGAAGAGGGGAGUAUGCUCAUGCUCGAUCGAGCUAUUGAGGAUGAUAAAGACUCCGUUCCCGGCCAAUCACAACAGACAGAUCCGGAUAAGACAACCAAAGAGGACCGAGAUGAGUCAACUGGAAAGAAGCGUACGUUGGACGAAUUGAAGUCCGGGAUCACCGAAGAAGAGAUUGAAUCCUAUAAACGCAGUCGGCUGGCCGCUGACGAUCCCAUGGCUAACUACGUUGACCAAAUGGAUUGA